AUGGCAACCUUAAUCAAAGGAUACUUUGACGAUUCGAUUCAUCCUUCUAAAGAGGAAGACACGAUUAGAAAUGGCGUCCGAACCAUUUCACUUGAUAACUACAAGCAUGUAAAAUACCCAAAGUGGGUUCCUACCUGGGACCCAAAGCAGGAUAAUGCAUUUAGGAACCCAGAGCCAUUUAAGCACACAGAUCGGGGAUUUUUUGGUGACCCAACCUUCGAUUCCUUGCUCAAGGGGACUGGAGCCGUUAAAAAGAACAUCACUCCAAAACUUGGUUCUGAGAUAAGGGGACUUCAGCUCAGUAAAUUGACCGACCGUCAAAAAGAUGAUCUUGCUCUUCUUGUUGAGCAAAGAGGUGUCGUUGCCUUCAGAGACCAAGACUUCAAGAAUCUGUCGUUUGAUGAUUUGAAGAAAUGGGGCGAGUAUUACGGUCCAUUGCAUGUGCACCCAACUUCAGGUGCUCCUUUGGGCCAAUCUGUUUUCCACCUCACAUUUAGGCGUGGAAUAAGGGUGAACAGCAGCGAUUGCUUGCCAGAAGAUUGA